UAUUAAGUAAACUAGAGGAAGUGAGAUGAAAUAUAGUAUGCGCCUUUGGUUAAUAGGGGAUUCAUGUGAAGUAUAUUGCUGAUUAAAACCAAUAGUAUUUUCUUCCAUCUGGGCUUUCAAAACCAGUUUCAGAGGAUACAGAGGAUGUUUUGUUUCACUGAAUUGCUCGUAGUCUAGGGAAGCCACUGGGAUGAAGUAUUAGUAUUGUGGUAAACUGCGCUUGUUCUUCAAGAGCAACAUGUGAAAUAGGCACUUCACAGCGUGUGAGUAGAUGGUUUCACCCACGUAAUGUCCAAAUGAAAGGGCAGCUUGGGGUUAGAAGAGCAAAAUCCACCCUCAGCCUACUCAAGAAACUGCAAAACAGUCGUGGUUACUGGAAUAAGAGCUCUUGUGUCCCCGGGCUAUGUGCAUGUGGCUCCGGGGCUGUUGGAUCUACUGGAACCUGAAGUCUGUGGAUUUGCCUGCAGCACUGACCUUGGCACCAGCCUGCGGAUGGCACGGAUGGCACGGUGAUUCACAGGCAGUGUGCAACGCCGGCAGCUGCCUCCCUGCUACUGCUCACAGCCCUCCUCUGCUGUGACCAGCGGGAGUUGAGGUUGCUCCAAAGACCUAACCAGAAUUCCCUUAUAGAGCACCUCACCUCAUUAACUGCAUCAGGAAAUACCGAGCAGUGUCAGCAAAAAGACUGGUGAGUGAGAUGACAUCUUUAUGCAUUGGUGAGAUCUUGUGCUCAGUGCUUACUUACUUCACCUGGAUUCUAGGCUUGUGCCCAAGGCUGAGAAACAAACUUAAACUUUCUUCAGCUUGCCUAUUCAUGAGUGCCUUGUGUCAGCAAAACGUGCCUCAUCAUGUGGCUACCGGAUGUUUUCUCCACCUCCUGCACCACUUCCAAGGAUCCCACUCUGACCCACUUCCCCAACAAUGAAUGGAAAAGUCCACUUUUGUCGUUAGAGUUGUCUGCAUCACUGGGAACAAACAGUCUGUAGGAGAUGUUGGAACAAUUCCCUGCAUAUUAAUAGUGUCUGAUGACUGGCUUCAAAUGUGGCUGAGCUGGGUACUUUGAAAUUAAAUAUGAAGGGGAGAAGUAAAGAAAAGAUACUGCAGGAAAAAGUUGGCACCCCUCUUAACCAGAGCUGCCCAGGCUGUGGCCUGUUGGAUGUCUCCUGUCCAGUUUCUGCUUGUAUGUUAUCUGGCCCAUAGCUGAACUGGUACAACACCUUCCGGGUCCAUACUGUCAAAGACUGGACUGUCCUGCUGUAAGGGACUUUCCCCAAAUCUGUGGCAAGUGAGUGUCCUUCAUGAGACAAUUCAAGUAAAAUACAUGCAACCUGGAAGAAUUAGAAGCUGAAGGGAAAAUCAAUCUCCUCCUUUCUCCCCACCCUUUUCAAUUACAUUUUUUUUUGUUUAACAGUUUUCAGUUUGGGCAAGGGAUUCCUCUUAUCUAAUUUGCUCUUCUGCUCCUGAGGCUUGAACAGCCCUUUAUUAUUGCAAGAAGCUCCUGUUUACCUCUUUUCACCUGUGUCCUUGUUUCUGGCCCUUGUUCUUCUCUUGUUGACUCCCUGAGGGUACACAGAUGGUAGCCUGGAAGCCAAAAGGAAUGAUACUGGAGGAGUGAGAGAGUGAGGGGGAAAAAAAGUGAGAGAGGGAAAAAAAAAGUAAGAAAGAAAAAAAAAGCAGUGAUCACAGCAAGCCUCCAGACUCUCCUAACAGCAAAACCCUAAUACAUAUCAGUGUGCUGGAUCUUGUCAAGAUGCAGGCAGUGCCACGGUUAGUCUCUUCUUUAAUGGUGGACGUCAGCCUCAGAAGCACCGCAGAGCAGAAUGCCUCAGCAUUUCCCACGUCCCAGCACAGCCCGCUUACACAGGCUGUGGGCACUGGGUGCAGAGGGGUGAGUUCGCCCUACGUGCAGGAAGGAGUUAAUCUCACCGCUGCAGUCUGGUAGGGGCUGACCAGCGUUUUUUUUCAGAGGAUAAGGAAGCGCCGUGACUUACAGAUAACUUCAGUCAGGUUUUUUCAAGCAUAGCGUGCUUUGGGAUAGUAGGUGAAACACGGAGGUAUUCGUGGGGAAAACUGGUUUGCAUCCAAGGCACUUUAUAAAGCGAGCCUUUAAGAGGAAACUCAGUAAACGCAAAUAUUGUUCUUCGCAUACAAAUUAUUAGAGCCCUGAUACCUAUCAGCGUGGCACGCCGUCAGCUUCCUAAGUUUGCACGUGAAACGCAGCCGAGCUCGUCAAAGAACAAUUUCUCUUCCCUGACGAUACGGGCGGCAGCGGAUCAGCCGCGGCAGAGGUAUCUACAUUUUACUGAAAACAUAAAAAGUGACUCAAGUUGGCAUCCUUUGGGAAUCCUUCUAGCCAAAGAUAAAAGAAAUUUGUCUGGAUUAAUACUGAACUGAAUGCAUCUGAACUGAAGGAAAUAUUUUAAGAUUACUCUCCUGACAGAAGUUGUAUAAAAAUGGUACACUGAGGUUUCUACGUGCGCUUCUGGGAAGACUGUAUUUUUAUAUCCAGUUUAUUGGCCCAUAAAAGACAAUGUAAUAACAGAAGUAACAGUAAAUUUAUGCAAUAGUAGCGGUUCCCCUCCCACUGACUGGACAUGAGUGAUCAAAGAUCUUUGCAAGAAGAUAAGCACAAAGUUAGUAGAACUUCCUCCAAGUUCAGGGAGUCUUCAAGAAGCAUGCAAUCUGAUGAUUAUUUUGCUAGAAAACUUAAAGCUUUGAAUGGUAGCAUGGGUCCUCCUGUUUCUUUAAAUGCAUCUAGCAAAACUGAAAAUAAUCAAACAAAUGGUACACCAGCUGUGCCUAAGAUGGGUGUUAGAGCAAGGGUAUCUGAAUGGCCUCCUAAAAAGGAUUGUUCUAAAGAGCUGAGUAAAGCUGCUUGGGAAAACAGACCUCCAACCAGUUACGAAGGUGUUGGCUCAGUACUUCCAAAUGGACAAAAUGACCAAAGUGAUGGACAGCAAGAAGAGCUAGAAUUGGAAUUUACGGAGGGAAAAUACUCUAUUGGAGAUCUUUUUGUACAUUCCCCUCAAAGGGGGCUUCAUCCCAUAAGGCAAAGAAGCAACAGUGAUGUGACAAUAAGUGAUAUUGAUGCUGAAGAUGUGUUAGACCAGAAUGCUGUUAACCCAAAUACUGGAGCAGCUCUUCACAGAGAAUAUGGUAGUACCUCUUCAAUUGAUAGACAAGGCUUGUCUGGAGAAAAUUUUUUUGCAAUGCUAAGAGGAUACCGAGUAGAAAAUUUUGAACAUAAAACCCUUGCUCCAUUUGGAUUUUCUGAGUUUUUCCACUGUGAUCCUACAGUUUCUCCAAGUCUACAUGCUGCUGCGCAGAUUUCCAGGGGAGAAUUUGUCAGGAUUUCUGGCUUGGAUUAUAUGGAUAGUGCCCUACUUAUUGGUCGAGACAGGGAGAAAUCUUUCAAGAGGAGACUGAAAUCAGAAGCAGUGGAAACAUCUUUAUUUAGAAAAUUGCGAACAGUUAAAAGUGAGCAUGAAACUUUCAAGUUUUCAUCUGAUCUGGAUGAUAGACUUGACAGAAAUGUUCGUUCUUGGAACUGUCAGAAAUGUUUUGCACAUUAUGAUGUUCAGAGCGUUUUGUUUAACAUAAAUGAAGCAAUGGCUACCAGAGUAAACGUAGGAAAAAGAAAAAAUAUAACCACUGGGGCUUCAGCUGCAUCACAAACUCAGAUGCCAGCAGGCCAAACAGGAAACUGUGAAUCUCCUUUGGGAAGCAAAGAGGACCUCAAUUCAAAAGAGAAUUUAGAUGCUGAUGAGGGUGAUGGGAAAAGCAAUGAUUUAGUAUUGAGUUGCCCUUACUUCAGGAAUGAAACUGGUGGAGAAGGAGAUAGACGGAUUGCACUUUCUAGGGCAAAUUCAGCAUCUUUUUCUUCAGGUGAAAGUUGUUCUUUUGAGUCAUCUCUGAGUUCCCAUUGCACAAAUGCUGGUGUUUCAGUACUGGAAGUACCAAGAGAAAACCAGUCCAUUCACAGAGAGAAAGUGAAGCGUUACAUCAUAGAACACAUUGAUCUUGGAGCAUAUUAUUACCGCAAGUUCUUCUAUGGAAAAGAGCAUCAGAACUACUUUGGAAUAGAUGAAAAUCUUGGACCUGUAGCAAUCAGCAUUCGGAGGGAGAAGGUUGAAGAUGUCAAGGAGAAAGAAGGAUCUCAGUUCAACUAUCGUAUAGUUUUCAGGACAAGUGAGCUUACUACGCUUAGAGGAGCAAUUUUAGAAGAUGCUAUACCAUCCACUGCCCGGCAUGGCACAGCAAGAGGUCUGCCUCUCAAAGAGGUACUAGAGUAUGUAAUACCAGAGCUGAGCAUUCAGUGUCUGAGGCAGGCUUCCAACUCACCCAAAGUACCUGAUCAACUGCUUAAACUAGAUGAACAAGGGCUGAGUUUUCAACAUAAGAUUGGUAUCCUUUACUGCAAAGCAGGCCAAAGCACGGAGGAAGAAAUGUAUAACAAUGAGAUGGCAGGACCAGCUUUUGAAGAGUUUCUUGAUCUGCUGGGCCAGAGAGUACGGCUAAAAGGAUUUAGUAAAUACAGGGCUCAGCUAGAUAAUAAAACUGAUUCAACAGGAACUCAUUCCCUCUAUACUACCUAUAAAGAUUAUGAAUUAAUGUUUCAUGUAUCAACAAUGCUUCCAUACAUGCCCAGUAACAGGCAACAGGACAUAACUACGCCCUGCUUGGUCCCUGAUCAGGACAUCCCUCUAGUUUUAGAGCCAGCAGGAGAUCGAAAGAGCAAGCUGCUAAGGAAAAGGCAUAUAGGAAAUGACAUAGUUACCAUUGUCUUCCAAGAGCCAGGAGCACUUCCUUUUACUCCAAAAAAUAUUCGUUCCCACUUUCAACAUGUAUUUGUCAUAGUCAAAGUGCAUAAUCCUUGCACUGAAAAUGUGUGCUAUAGUGUUGGUGUUUCACGAUCAAAGGAUGUACCUCCAUUCGGUCCACCCAUUCCCAAAGGAGUGACUUUCCCCAAAUCAGCAGUCUUUAGGGACUUCCUUUUAGCCAAAGUUAUUAAUGCUGAAAAUGCAGCACAUAAGUCAGAAAAAUUUCGAGCCAUGGCCACAAGGACACGUCAAGAAUACUUGAAAGAUCUGGCAGAAAAUUUUGUUACCACAGCUACAGUGGAUACUUCCGCAAAGUUUAGCUUUAUUACUUUAGGAGCAAAAAAAAAGGAAAAAGUGAAACCAAGGAAAGAUGCACAUCUAUUCAGUGUUGGAGCGAUUAUGUGGAAUGUGAUUGCACGAGAUUUUGGCCAGUCUGCUGACAUUGAGUGUCUCCUUGGAAUCUCCAAUGAGUUUAUCAUGUUGAUUGAAAAGGAAUCAAAAAACGUUGUGUUUAACUGCUCCUGCAGAGAUGUUAUUGGAUGGACGUCUGGAUUAAUGAGCAUCAAAAUAUUUUAUGAAAGAGGAGAAUGUAUUCUUCUGUCUGCAGCAGAUAAUUGUACUGAAGACAUCAGAGAAAUUGUUCAAAGACUUGAAAUAGUGACCAGAGGAUGUGAAACCACGGAAAUGACCCUUCGGAGGAAUGGGUUGGGCCAACUUGGAUUCCACGUGAACUUUGAAGGGAUAGUGGCAGAUGUGGAGCCCUUUGGUUUUGCAUGGAAGGCAGGCCUACGGCAGGGGAGCCGUCUGGUUGAGAUCUGUAAAGUGGCUGUGGCAACUUUGACUCAUGAACAAAUGAUUGACCUUUUACGUACAUCAGUAACAGUAAAAGUGGUGAUUAUUCAACCACAUGAGGAUGGAGCACCUAGAAGGGGUUGUUCAGAACUUUGUCGUAUACCCAUGGUGGAAUACAAACUUGACAGUGAAGGCACCCCAUGUGAGUAUAAAACCCCUUUCAGAAGGAAUACCACUUGGCAUCGGGUGCCGACUCCCGCUGGGCAGCCUCUCUCUCGUGCCUCUCCAAUCCUAGGAACAUCCGACAGACUGCAGUGCCAGCAGCUUCUCCAGCAGGCUCAGACAGCCAUUCCUCGCAGCACUUCCUUUGAUAGAAAACUGCCAGAUGGCGCAAGAAGUUCUCCGAGCAACCAGUCCUCCUCCAGUGAUCCAGGACCCAGCGGGAGCAGCCAGUGGAGACAGCAAGUGGGAUAUGACGGGUGCCAGUCCCCUCUGCUUCAUGAACACCACCAAGGUUCAGGCUCGCUGGAAUGUGAAGGAGGCAGAGAACGAGAAGAAACUUUGGAAGGAAAUAGACAUUCUGAAACCAAGUGGCAUGUACCAUCGACCAAAGUCUUGAGCUCCUACAAAGACCGGGCUUUACAGAAAGAAGGCAGUGGCAAGGAGUCACCAAACAAACUUUCACAUAUUGGAGACAAAAGCUGUUCAAGCCACUCAAGCAGCAACACCCUAUCCAGUAAUACAUCCAGCAACAGUGAUGAAAAACACUUUGGUUCUGGAGAUCUGAUGGAUCCUGAGCUGCUUGGAUUAACAUAUAUAAAGGGGGCUUCUACUGACAGUGGAAUUGAUACAGCUCCCUGCAUGCCUACUCCUCUUCUGGCUCCUUUGCACCUUGCUGGCAGCAGGUCUGGAGUGCACUGUCGUACUGAGCAGUGGACUGAGUCUUCUGAAACUCCUGGGCCAGAUGAUGAUCCUGCUAAAAUCUAUGCUGUUCAUAGCUAUACUUCUGCUAUUUCUACCAGUCACACAGCUGAAGGCAGUAUGGGAGACCUAAGUGAAAUCUCCUCUCAUUCCAGUGGGUCACAUCAUUCAGGAAGCCCAUCAACACAUUGCUCUAAAAAGAGUGGCUCUCUAGAUACCUCUAAAGUCUAUAUAGUGUCACAGAACAGUAGUCAACAGAUUUCUGGGUCAGUUUCAAAACCAUACCACAGACAAGGAGCAGUGAGUAAAUAUGUCAUUGGAUGGAAAAAAUCAGAAGGAAGUCCUACACCUGAAGAAUCUGAAGUUUCUGAAUGCCACGAAGUGUAUGAUGAUAUUGAUGCUGUGUCUGCAUCGAGUCCACUCCAAACUUCUGUGCGGAAUGCCAUUGUUGAAAGCCAGCAAGUCUUGUCCAAAGAAGAUUUUUUGAAGUUGAUGCUGCCAGACAGCCUCUCUAUGGAGGAGGGGAGAAGAAAGUUUUCAUUUUAUGGAAACCUUUCUCCACGGAGGACACUUUACCGUACCCUAUCUGAUGAGAGUAUAUGUAGCAAUCGAAGAGGAUCUUCAUAUGCUAGCUCUCGAAGUUCAAUGCUAGACCAAGCCUUGCCAAAUGAUAUCUUAUUCAGCACUACUCCGCCAUAUCACAGCACAUUGCCUCCCAGAAUGAACCUGACUCCUGGAAUGGGAAAUCUGAGAAAUGAAUUCUGGUUCUCAGAUGGGUCCUUAUCUGAUAAAGCCAAAUUCAAUGAUCCUGGCCUGAUGCCCCUGCCAGACACUGCCACAGGGCUAGACUGGUCCCACCUGGUAGAUGCUGCACGAGCGUUUGAAGGUUUUGACUCAGAUGAAGAAUUUGGGCCGUUCUGUCAUCACACGCCGUUUCUAGAUCAGAGAGUAGCAUCUUUUUGCACCUUGAAUGAUAUGCAGCAAGCUCAGGGCUUGGAAGGAACACAAGAGUUACCUUUGGAUGAGAGUCCCACAGAUGGAAAAGAUUUCCUUGAGGCUACUGGGGAACAUGCUCCGAGUACUCUGACUGGAAAAGUAAACCAGCUAGAAGUCAUUCUCCGCCAACUACAAACUGACCUGAGAAAGGAAAAACAGGACAAGGCAGUUCUCCAAGCAGAGGUACAGCAUCUGAGACAAGAUAACAUGAGACUUCAGGAGGAGUCUCAAACAGCAGCUGCUCAGCUGAGGAAAUUUACAGAAUGGUUUUUCAAUACGAUAGACAAAAAAUCCUAAUGACUGGGCCCCUGGAACAUACUUAUUUGAACAAUGUAACAGCUGUAUUUUUGAAUUAGCGGGGUAAUAAUUUCACUGUGUUCACAAUCCAUUUUAGGUGUUUCUGCUACAUUCUCUAUCCAGCUUUAUUCAUUUGGAGAGGAGAGAGAACUGUGGUAAUCAGUCUGUAAAUUCAUAUGAGGAAAGCAGAGAAUAGCAGAUAUUUGUUUGUGUGCAGAUGAAUGUAAAAAAUCCUUAGUGUCAUUUUAGACAUUUUUAGAAAUGCUCUGGCUGGGGCUUGCCUGAAGAAGAAUAUUGGGGGUUUUAGUUCCUGCAUUUCAGGUGCGCUGGUGAAGAUGUUAAAGCAAUUUACAUUAGCUUGGGCUUCAGUAUUGUAAGAUAAAAAGAAUAACCAGACAUAAACUUUAAUGUUUAAAAGGUGCUCUAUUUUUUUGUAUGUACAGUAGUUUUAUUUCCACAGUCCACAUUGUCAUAGCAAUAAGAAUGGAGGUAUAGUGAAUAGUCACAGAGCUGUGUUUAUAAAAUGUUAGCACUGAUGUGUUUAACACUAGUUUGGAUGCAGAUACAUUAGAGAUUAUUUAUUUGCAGGAACAAAUGGUGCCUGAAUAUAAACAGUGUUCUGAUUUUCUAAAAAUACACAUGCCUUGUAAAUGGCUCACUGGGGUUAGCCCACUCCCAACUUCAGUUACUUUUGUAUAGUUGAUGUUCAGCUAAACAGUUAUAUUGCUUAACUAUUGAAAUCAUGUACGGUGUGAGCCAGCCAAUCAAUUGUACAAUGCCAAAUUUGUUUAUCUUUGUACAGAAGCUUUGAUCAAGUGUCUUGUAUUUAACACCUUUAUUUAAGCUUAUUUAACCUUAAAUUGUUGUUUUUAUAAAGUUUGUUUUAUCUGCACUAUGGUGAGAUCAGUUGGUUGCAAGUUGUAAUAUUUUUAGCUUGCCAAGACUGUACUGAGGAGUUCUAGAAAAUUCUAACAAUUGGAUGCUGCUAGUACACAAUUGAUUUGUUUGUAUGCUUUAACAUUUUUAUCUGUUUAAUUUGAAAUGAACAUACAUCCUGCUUUUUUAAUAAAUGUUAAAAAUCUAAACCUGAA